AUGGAAUAUAUGACAAAGGUGGAGUGUUGGAGUAUUUCUAUUGAUCGGUCAUGUCAUAUAGGCCCGAGUCAGACAUCCAAUUGCUUCGAUUUGAAUUAUCCGGAAGAUGCCUUAUCUAUAUUAUAUCAAAAAAAUGGACAAUCAAACCUAUUUCUCGAUUCAAUAGAAGCCAAAAGGGGUGAAUAG